GCGGCGUGCUUGCGCAGCACGCACGGCCGGGGGUGGGGCUGGCGGCCGGCGGGCGGCUGAGGCUCGGGGCCUGUACCCGCGGACACCAUGGCCAAGACUGUGGCCUAUUUCUACGACCCCGACGUAGGCAACUUCCACUACGGGGCUGGGCACCCGAUGAAGCCCCAUCGGCUGGCAUUGACCCAUAGCCUAGUGCUGCACUACGGUCUCUAUAAGAAGAUGAUUGUCUUCAAGCCAUAUCAAGCCUCCCAGCAUGACAUGUGCCGCUUCCACUCGGAGGACUACAUUGACUUCCUGCAGAGAGUCAGCCCCACCAAUAUGCAGGGCUUCACCAAGAGCCUUAAUGCCUUCAACGUGGGCGACGACUGCCCAGUGUUUCCGGGGCUCUUUGAAUUUUGCUCCCGUUACACAGGUGCAUCUCUGCAAGGAGCUACUCAGCUGAACAACAAGAUCUGUGAUAUUGCCAUUAACUGGGCUGGUGGUCUGCACCACGCCAAGAAGUUUGAGGCCUCCGGCUUCUGCUACGUCAAUGACAUUGUGAUCGGCAUCCUGGAGCUGCUCAAGUACCACCCGCGGGUGCUCUACAUUGAUAUCGACAUCCACCAUGGUGACGGAGUUCAGGAAGCCUUCUACCUCACUGACCGGGUCAUGACAGUGUCCUUCCACAAAUACGGAAAUUAUUUCUUCCCUGGCACAGGUGACAUGUACGAAGUCGGAGCAGAGAGUGGCCGCUACUAUUGUCUCAAUGUGCCCCUGCGUGAUGGCAUCGAUGACCAGAGUUACAAGCACCUUUUCCAGCCCGUUAUCAACCAGGUGGUGGACUUCUACCAGCCCACGUGCAUUGUGCUCCAGUGUGGAGCUGACUCCCUGGGCUGUGAUCGAUUGGGCUGCUUCAACCUGAGCAUCCGAGGUCAUGGGGAAUGUGUUGAAUAUGUCAAGAGCUUCAAUAUCCCUCUCCUGGUGCUGGGUGGUGGUGGCUAUACUGUCCGAAAUGUUGCCCGCUGCUGGACAUAUGAGACAUCGCUGCUGGUAGAAGAGGCCAUUAGUGAGGAGCUUCCCUAUAGUGAAUACUUCGAGUACUUUGCACCAGACUUCACGCUUCAUCCAGACGUCAGUACCCGCAUCGAGAAUCAGAACUCACGCCAGUAUCUGGACCAGAUCCGCCAGACAAUCUUUGAAAACCUGAAGAUGCUGAACCAUGCGCCUAGCGUCCAAAUUCAUGAUGUGCCUGCCGACCUCCUGACCUAUGACAGGACUGACGAGGCUGAUGCAGAGGAGAGGGGUCCUGAGGAGAACUACAGCAGGCCUGAGGCACCCAAUGAAUUCUAUGAUGGAGACCACGACAAUGACAAAGAGAGUGAUGUGGAGAUUUAAAAGCGGCAUGGGAUGCUUUGUCGCAUGGAAUUCCUUUUCACAUCUUGGUUAAGUGGAAGGGAAAAGAUGUGGCUUCCCCCAACCUUGGACUGAUCACCCCCAGUACUGUUUCUAAGUCUGAGGAAGGAUUUGAAGGCCACAUCUGGUUCUAGAACCAUCCAGCCCCUUUUCUUUUCUCUUCCAAGGCCUGACAGUGGUACCAGUUAGGGGUGAGGUGGGAACAAGGAUAGCUGUCUAUUGGACAUUAUGGACAGUGGACCCCAGAGGCCAACCCCGAGCCCCUCUGGCCCCUCAUUCCUUCCUUGCUUCUCUCUAACCCAGAACAUUUUAGGGAUGAAGAGGUAGACAGCCUCAGUUGCCUCUUAUUUCCUUUUCUCUUGAGUUCUACUAUUAUGGGCCUUGCUUCCAGAACAGGUGAAGAGUGAGGUUUAACCUUAGAUACCUUAACCCCAGAUGACGGGUGGUGUGGUUUCAAGUGGGGGGAGAAGGCACAAAUGUCUUGUUCUAACUUUUGGCUUUAUGUCCAUUUUACCACUUUUUAUCCAAUAAACCAUGUUGGUAUUUUUUGUAC